CCAAGGGCUGCGCAGGCGUAUUGAUGCCUAUCGGCCCUGGUUUCCUUAGUAACCAUUUGGCGUCCUCUACCGGCUCAGCGGGAGCUUCCUGCGAAAGGAUGGACCCACAUAAUCAAGAGCCUGACCUUAAGCCUUUUUACCACCGGUUGCUGAGUCCACUGACGCUCUUCCCCCGGAAGGCGACGCCUCCAGAGCCUCCGAAGCGCCCCUCUCAGGAGGUCCGGACUUUGCAAUCCAUCCCGCUCGCGAAGCUAAAAGUGGGGCCGCUGUGCCGCCAAGUGUCCAAGCGGCUAGCAAGCAGUGGGCGGGCGGCGCGGGUGACUCCCAAAGAUCGACUCUGUCUCAUCCAGGUUAUCCUAGAGGAGCUGAAGUGCAGCUGGCAGGAACCUCCUACAGAACCUAUUUUGAACUACGAGAACAAUCAGAAGCUGCGGAAGCGGCUGGAGUCCUAUGUGCUAAUCUGUAGUGAGCAGCUCUUCAUACGCUACCUGCACCUUCUGGUGACCCUGCCGGCCACUAGAAAGGUCUUCACCGAAUCAGCCACCCUCAGCCGGUUGGCAGCCAACCUUGCCAGGGAUUGCACAGUUUUCCUCACCAGUCCCGAUGUUUAUCGCUUCCUGUUAGCUGAUUUUCAGACCUUGCUGAAUUUAGAGCAGACCCGGGGAGGCUUAUCCAAGCUGCGACCCCCAGCCUGCCCCCCUGGGACUUUCGAACUCUGUCCAAUUCCCUGGCCUCACAGCACCGGCUUGGACCAAGUGCCAUGCUCUAGCCUCAACCUGAACUACCUUGUCCAACUCAGCCGCCCGUAUGAUUUCCCCAGUGAACCUGAACCUGAUCCAGUAAAGGAGUUGAAAUCCAUCCCCCAGCUGAAGGGUAGAAAACAGCUCCUCUGGGUGCCCUCCACGAAAAAGGAAAAAGAAGUUGAAGUUAGGCCCUUAGCGAUGGUACCUAGCCAUUCUCCUCGUAGCAGUGAGAUUUCCCCCUUCCCCACUUUACCGAUCUACCCCAGGCUCCUCAGGGGCCAGUCCAUGCCCUGCCUUCGUGAGGGGUGGAGUCUGGCAGAUGAGUUGGGCCUCCCUCCUCCUUCCCCUCAUCCCCUCACCCCACUGAUCAUGGCUCCAGAGAAAAAACCACUGCUUUUUGGGAACUUGGUGGCUCAGGAUCUGAAGCAGAUGACAAAGAGCAUGGCAAUGGAAUGGGCUCACUACUCACCACUGGAAUCGGGCCUGCCCCCCCUUCUCGGGGUGCUUACUAGGCGCUUAACUGCCCAGCACCACCUAGAGAACCUGCACCAAAUGCUGAAGAACCUGCAGGAAGAAGAAGCCUCUGGACAGUGGGAUCUUCACCCCCCAAGUAUCACUCCACUUCACCCACAGCCAGUGACUAUUACUUUGAAGUUACAAAAUCAGAUUGUGGUACAAGUAGCUACUGUGCAACUCUCGGACAGAUGUUUUUCUGACACCUUCCAUGUUGAGGGGGCUGGAGUUCUAUACAACCAUCUGACUGGGGAGCUGGAUUGCAAAGCCAUCGAAGAAAUGGAUGCUGAUCGUCUUGUUGGCAAUAGCACCAAAGAGGUAUAUAAGGAAUUGAUGAGCCGAGUCUCUACUAGUCACUUAUCUUUUGAUGAAGGACCCCAGAUUGAACCCUCAGCAGAUGAAGAUUGGUCCACUUACCUAUCCUCAGCUUUUAUAUACCAAGAUAAGCAUAUCCCAGUCAUCAACCAUGAUCUGGUUGGAUCUUACUCCAGAAAAACAAGCAUGAGUGUGCAGCAGUUAUGCCCUGAGAAGAUACCUUCUCUCACAUUACUCCAAAAGCGCAAAAGCUGGGACAAGCGGCCAAACAGGGGUGCAUGGGUGAACUGGUGGAAAACCUCUGUGUCUGCCGAAGACUACUUAAAGUACCUCACCACUCAGGAGACCGAUUUCCUCCAUGUCAUCUUCCAAAUGUAUGAAGAAGAGGUUCCUGUGGAGCUACCCGCCCCUGUGAAAGAGUCCCUGGAAAUUCAGCACCCUCCUCCUCUGCUGGAAGAUGAAGAGCGAGACUUUGUUCCAGGAGAGUGGAAUUGGAGCUCAGUGAUAGAGGACAGUUCAGGACCUGGGAAAGCCAACAUCCUAAGCCUGCAGCAGCGGCUAGAACGACUGUGGGUCAUGUUGGAAGUCCCUGACCAGAGCCGGCUGGACAUGGUUGUUAAGUACAGCUCCAAUGCACGCCUCCAGCAGCUACCAGCAUUGAUCAGGGCCUGGGAGCGAGUCUUGAAGCCCAUUCAGAAACGGGAGCUGUUGCUCGGGAGACUGGAGUGGUUUGAACGUCAAGCCUCCGACCCUAAUCGCUUCUUCCAAAAGCCUGAUUUGGUGCUGAGUCGACUUCUGGAGGAGAAUCGGUUCCGUAGCUAUAUCCAAAAGAAGCUCACUGCAAUGGAGUCUUCUUUGACUUCCUUGCUGGAAAAGAUAGAGUCAGUUUUUGGGGAGCCAGUGACCUUCAAGGGGCGGCGCUAUCUAGAGAAGAUGAAGCAGGACAAAGUGGAGAUGCUCUAUUGGCUCCAGCAGCAGCGGCGGGUUCGAAAUCUGAUACGGGCCCAAAAAGCCUCCCACCAAUCAUCCAUGUUCACAAGGGGCAGCAGUCAGGCUUUAAUAGCCCCUGGGAAUACUCCUACCACCCACUUGGCCAAGUGUCCCCAAACCCCUUCCUCAUUUCCAAACACCCAGACACUCACAUAG